GGGUUGGUUGUUGUCCACGUCAUUGUCGUGGCUUGCUCUGACUGUGGUAACGAUGGCCCCAGCCCUACCCCUAGUCGUUCUCCUGUCAUGGGUAGCUCUAGCGUUGGCCAGAAGAGAUUGUGGACCAGCGGAACAGAAAGGUCGAUUACGAUUUGCCGGUGUUGUGUUUCAUGAAAAAACACUGAGGAAUUCACAGCAGUGCUUUAAUCUGUGCUGGUCAACAAGUCCAUGUAAGACUGUCAACUUUUCCUUCAAGACCAGGAAGUGCUCCCUAAUGAAAACUAAGCACCAACGCCAAACCGACCUGGACGUAGAUUUCAACAAUGUAUAUGGAGUGGUGCCCCGACCUCAGUGCAAGACUUUCAGCACUCCUUGUGAUGCCCGGCCAUGCAAAGAAGGCUUCACCUGUUUUGGUUACGAAACGACGCAUUCAUGUGUCCCAGCAAAGCCCCCCCGAAUCCGUUGUUCACGCCCAAAGCCUCUCUCAAACGCCCGGGUACUUUCCACCGGGAGAUGGCGGAAGAAGUUGACAACGUACACCUGCAAGAGAGGCUUCAAAUUUAAAGGGAACAGUAACAGAAGCGUCUGUACCAGACAUGGCUUGAAGGGCAGGUGGGAGGGCCUGGACGGAAAGUGCAUACGUCUUAGGUGUGGGCAGCUCAUGGAGAUUGACAACGCCGUGCUGACGCCUGGAUCCACGCUCGCUGGCAGUGCCCGGACAUACACCUGCAACAACAUCAACGAGUCGGCCACCGUCAUCUGCCACAACAACGAGACGUGGAGCAGCCAUCACCUACACUGUCCUGUUGACUGUGGAGCUCCCGCCAAUAUCAGCGGCAGCGUGGUGUCCGUUGGCGGCGGCCUGGAGGAAGACAACCGGACCUACUCCUGUGGCCAGAACAUGGUGGCCAGUGGCAACCCGCACAUCACCUGUCUGGCCAACGGGUCCUGGAGUCCAACAGACUUCGUGUGCAGGGUGGACUGUGGACCGCCACAUCUUGUCCCUAAUGCCAAAAGUACAUUCAACAGCACCCUUGUGUCCAGCACUGCGACAUAUGACUGCCUCCCUGGCUACACGGCAUCUGGGGUCAAUGAACAAACCUGCAUGACAAACGGUCAAUGGUCCAAUGUCACUUUCAGCUGCGUUAAAGUGCAGUGUGUGCGUCUGCCCGAUGUGCAGCACGCCGUGGCUGAGGGACAGGGGCCGUGGUACAGUGGGGACACGAUGCAGCUCAAGUGUGAGGGGGGAUUCACGGCAAGCGGCAACAGCAAGGCAAUCUGCGGCAAGGACGGAACAUGGUUCAAUGUGUCAUUAGAAUGCACAGAAAAAUUACCUCAUGUCCUGGUUGCCGUGAAGGAAACACGACAGUUCCACAUGAUAAACGUCCGCUCCAGGGAGACAGAGGUGCUGCUCAUUAACAGUUCAAAGAGCAUACAGGACGUUGACUACUGUCCCCAUUUGGAAAAACUCUUCUGGGCGGAGGAAAAUGCGAUUCGGGCCGCAAAACUUACAGACACAACCCCAGAAAACAUUGUCAACAGUAAAGGCAUCGGGGGGUUUGUUCGCGUUGAUGGACAAAAGAAGCUUGUGUUCUACGCUAUUCGAGGGGACAAAACAAAACUGAUGAAACUUGAAAUUGGUGGUCAGAAACAAACCCUUAAUGUAGUGGAUACACCCCUUGCCUUAGAGAUCGAUAUCAAGUCAGGACUUGUAUACUGGGCCGAGUGGAUCGUCGAAAAGCAAAUAAAACGAAUGAAGUAUGACGGCAAAGGUGUGGAGACUGUCAUCAAGCUGCAUAAGUGCGAUCUUGGACCCUGGGCUGUACAUAUUGACGUGAACAAGCGGAUGUACUGGAGCGUGAACGACGAGGUGAAGUACAGUGACGACAACCACGACCACAACAACACCCUCAGCCAGUUCGACAACAUCUGUGACAGCAUAAAGACGUUCCGCGACAUGGUGUUUGUUAGCUGCACCAAUGACACGACAGUACGAUUACAUAUCAACGGGACAUUGCAGGCCCCACUGUCCUUGAAAGAGCACUUCAGUGGGGAGAAGUUCAUCACCAUCAUACCAUGAUAGGACCUGAAUACAGGUGGCGCACCAGGGGAGACAACACAGCGUCCCACGAACAGGCUGCACCGUGACAGCUGCACUGGUCAACUUCUGUGUGUGUGGCCUUUCUCCGUCUUGCUCAUUAUUGUAGUACCAAGUGUUCACCCUUCCAACAUGUUUCUGACAUCUGAUGGAGCACAGCACCUGCCUUGUUUUACUGGGAAACGUGCACUACGGUGCACCGCACUUGCGGCCAGCAGAUGCCCCUGUAGAGGUUGAUAUACAUAAUACAUGUGAACACAUGUCAAGUAGUCUGCCUAACCUAUAACCUUGUUAUGUAAACCAGCUGUUGUGGUAUCUGUUGAGUAACUUUAUCCUGUUGUUGAGUAUUGUACACAUAUAUUGCAAGCCCCUCUGAAACCUGCCACAGAUCUUGAAGAGGGAUGCACAUUGCCUCUUUUACAGAGCAUACACACAUGUUUGCACUGUGACUAACUACUAACUAAUUCGGUGAUUAGAUUAAAACAAAUUGACACAAAUUGACAAACUACACAAUGCAAAUUGCUAAUAGAUUACCUUUGUGAGUUUGGUCUUUCGAUCAAUGGGCCGUGAUAUAACUUAGAUGUACUGGUAGCGUUACACCCAACACUCGCAGUGUGGAAUGACCGCAGCAUGCUUCAGUCAACAGUAGUGGUAGAGCGGAUCUACGCUCAAUUAUACAUCGUGAGCAAUGAAGCGUAUGUUGGUAAGCAAACCAGUUGGUAAUAUGACGACAAACAUCCCGUGUUUUAAAGAUGAGCGAAAUCUGGAAAUGUUGGGAGUGUUUCUGGGCAUCAAAUACUAGAAAACCUUUUUGAAACUACUCUGGUUACCUACACGCAAACGUUACGUACACACAAAUACAAACGUUAUGUACAGACAAAUACAAACGUUAUGUACAGAAAUAUAUAAACGUCCUGUUCAAAUACGAACGUUAUGUACAGACAAAUAACAACGUUACGUACAAGCAUAUACAAACGUUACGUACAAACAAAUACAAACGUUACGUACAAACAAAUACAAACGUUACAUACAAACAAAUACAAACGUUAUGUACAGACAAAUACAAACGUUACAUACAAACAAAUACAAACGUUACGUACAAGCAUAUACAAACGUUACGUACCAACAAAUACAAACGUUACGUACAAGCAUAUACAAACGAUACGUUCAAGCAUAUACAAACGUUACGUACAAACAAAUACAAACGUUACGUACAAACAAAUACAAACGUUACGUACAAACAAAUACAAACGUUAUGUAAAGACUAAUACAAACGUUACAUACAAACAAAUACAAACUUUACGUACAAGCAUAUACAAACGUUAAGUACAAACAAAUACAAACGUUACGUACAAAGAAAUACAAACGUUACGUACAAACAAAUACAAACGUUACGUACAAGCAUAUACAAACGUUACGUACAAGCAUAUACAAACGUUAUGUACAAGCAUAUACAAACUUUACGUACAAGCAAAUACAAACGUUACGUACAAACAAAUACAAACGUUACGUACAAGCAUAUACAAACGUUACGAACAAGCAUAUACAAACGUUACGUAUAAGCAUAUACAAACUUUACGUACAAGCAAAUACAAACGUUACGUACAAACAAAUACAAACGUUACGUACAAGCAUAUACAAACGUUACGAACAAGCAUAUACAAACGUUACGUAUAAGCAUAUACAAACGUUACGUACAAACAAAUACAAACGUUACGUACAAACAAAUACAAACGUUACAUACAAACAAAUACAAACGUUACGUACAAACAAAUACAAACGUUACGUACAAGCAUAUACAAACGUUAUGUACAAACAAAUACAAACGUUACGUACAAGCAUAUACAAACGUUACGUACAAACAAAUACAAACGUUACGUACAAACAAAUACAAACGUUACGUACAAACAAAUACAAUUGUUAUGCACAGACAAAUACAAAAGUUAGGUACAGAAAUAUACAAACGUUAUGUACAGAUAAGUGCAAACGUUAUGUACAGACAAAUACAAACUUUACGUACAAACAUAAACACACGGUACGUACAAACAAAUAGAAGCGUCACGUACAAAUAAAUGCAAACGUUAUGUAAACAUCAAAACGUUACGUACAAACGAUACAGAUAAGUACAAACGUUAUAUACAGACAAAAAAAACCUUUAAAUACAAACAUAUACAAACGUUACGUACAACCAAACACAAACGUUACGUACAAACAAAGACAAAAGUGCUUCAGAAUUUCCAUAGCAUUUCAUUUCUGUGUGUACUAAAAUAGCUUCGAAAUAAUUGAUUGCGAAAUCAGUCUGGUUAGAAGACCUUAUCACAUGCCAACUGAAGGUUCAGAGUUCAUAUUGUUUGUUUUGCGAAUGAGAAAUCGCGGCCCUUUUAAACGACGCACUUCAGAUUAAGAAAUCAGCUUUUGGAACACACAUUGAAAAUACACGGCUACACACAUUACUGUUGUCAUUUGUUGUGUAACUACUGAAGGUGUGCCUGAAGCAAUAUGCAGCUACUAUAACCCUGUCAUUCCGUGGUGUUCUUGCCUCUAUGACUCAAAUACUCACAUAAUUAUGUCUACAUGAUCUUGUGUUUCUGAAAUAAAUCUUAGGAAAAACAGCA